AUGUAGGGGAAAUAAGCGAAAGGUGACGUGAACAUGACCUUUACUUCCAUCGCACACUCCUUCCUACCGCCAGUCCGCCGCUCGGAGGAAGUUGAUUCGCAGGCAAUCACUAGGCCUUGAUCGAUCUCUCCUUUCUCUUCAUCACCAUCCCUUCGUUACUCUUCAUCCUCCGUCAUACAGCCAUGAUUGCCGGAAUCAACCUUGCCAAACAGUCCAAGCAGGCUGUUGCUGGUCUUGCCCAGAAGCGCUUCGCCCACGACUUGAUUGUCUCACCCAAGACUGGACGCACCAUCAUCCGUACAGGUGGCGGUGGACGCUCCUCCUCCAACGGACAUGUCAUCACCGUUUUCGGGUGCACUGGAUUCCUUGGACGUUAUCUUAUCAACCGCCUCGCUCGUGAGGGUGCCCAUAUCAUUGUUCCCUACCGUGACGAGGAUGAUAUGCGCCACUUGAAGGUUAUGGGCGAUCUCGGAAAGAUUGUUCCUAUGGAGAUUCAUCUUCGUAACAAGGACUCCUUGGAGGCCGCCAUCCGCCACUCAGAUACCGUCUAUAACUUGCUCGGACGCGACUAUGAGACCAAGAACUUUACUUUCUCUGAUGUUCACGUUGAAGCUGCUGGCGUUCUUGCUGAGCUUGCUCAGAAGCACGAUAUUGAUCGCUUCAUCCAGAUGUCUUCUAUGAACGCCGACAUUGACUCAUCCUCUAAAUUCUUGAGAACCAAGGCUGAGGGUGAGCAGGUCGUCCGCAGCAUUUUCCCCUCCGCCACCAUUGUCCGCCCAUCCUUCAUGUAUGGCCAAGAGGAUCGCUUCCUUGCCCGACUUGCUAUGUCUCGCGGUCUGUCCGUCCGCAUUAAUGGCGGUAAGACUAAGGUCCGCCCUGUCAACGUCUCCGAUGUUGCUAGUGCCAUGCACCAGAUGCUCGAUGGCUCCAACACCGUUGGCGAAACCUUUGAGCUUGUUGGCGACCAAGAGUACACGUACGCGGAGUUGCUUGACUUUAUCAAGGAGACCACCAACCUUGAUAUCGGAGAGAUCAACGUUCCCAAGCCCAUUGCCACCCUGAUGGCCAAGGCCAUGAACCUGCUCCCAUGGCAGACCCUCGGUGCCGAUGAGAUCGAGCGCAUGAUGAUUGACGACGCGUUGACUGGUGUCAAGACCUUUAAUGACCUGGAUAUCCAACCUACUUCGCUUGAGAUCACUGGUAUUCAAUACCUGCGUCGCUUCCGUACCAACUUGUACAACGACGAGCCUCUCAAGAAGGGCGUUGUGAACAAGAAGAAGGUUCUCCACACCAGCUACCUGUAAUCGUCUUUUUUUAUCUCUCCCACACACUCUCCUCUCCCACUCUUGUCUCUCCCCUUCUCGAGACAUUCUCUUUCACUUUUACUCUUGCUAUUCACGACCUUCCAUCAUACCUUCACCGCAAGCGUCAAAGAACUUAUAUCAAGAAUCAAAAGGACAAAAAAAAAAAAAGGAAGAACGAAUGCAAACAGGAUUUGCGCCCAUUCAAAUAAACAAUUUAGAUAGAAAUCCUCACAUUGCCAAACUUGAAAGAUCAACAAUAAAUGAGUGGUCUCGGAUAGGAUACGUGGCGAUGCUUACAGCACUCGAAAAUAG